CCCGUCAUGUUUCCUCGCGGCUGGUAGAGUUGGUUUUUUCCUCUUUUGUUCCUCCCCGUCCGGAGGUGGACUUGGUUUCGUCCGCUCCGCUCCCCUUCCCUGUGGGGCCACAGCUUGUUCCUGCUGGUGCGGUGGGCGGCAUGGCGCUCUCCCUUGCAGCUUCUGGCGGUGGGCUGCAGGGUUUUCUUUCGCAGCUGCACGACACCCUUCAGAACUCAGACCCCGGCAGCGCCGCGCUCCACGGCUGCGGUUUAAUUCGCUCUUUAGCGGAGUCGUGUGUCAUUAGCAGUGGAGACGACAUCCUGGCCUUGCAGAUUUCACUGGUGUUUUCUAAAGAAAAUGGACUACUAUCAUUUAUUCGUAAGUCGCUGAAAGUUGAAGAUUUUAGAGAAUGCAGAGAAGAAGCAUUAAAAUUUAUUCUUGCCUUUGUGGAAAAGAUUGGCCCCAAAGUUCAGCCUUAUGCACAAGAUGUGAAGGGGAUAUGUGUUACUGUUUAUACAAAAGACAGAUCAGCAAAAUGUGGAAUCCCAGCUCUAGAGCUACUGAUCAAGCUGCUUCAAAAGUUACCGAAAGCAAUGGAAUGCAUGAAGGUUGGAGAAAUCUUUAACAAAUUUUAUGGAGAAAUUGCUAUAAAAAGCAAAGUGCCUGAUACAGUGUUGGAAAGGAUUUAUGAGCUCUUGGGAGUCUUGGGUGAAGUUCAACCUAGUGAAAUGAUUGACAAUUCUGAAAAACUGUUCCGCGCUUAUCUGCUAGAAUUAAAAGUACAGAUGACUUCUGCAACAAGGCAACCUAAGUUCCCUAUUGUAGCAGGGUGCCUGAAAGGACUGACUGCACUUAUGAAUAAUUUUACCAAAUCCAUGGAUGAAGAUCCCCGAACAUCAAAAGAGAUCUUUGAUUUUGCAGUGAAGGCAAUAAGUCCAAAGAUUGAUUUAAAAAGAUAUGCAGUGCCUCUUGCUGGUCUACAUUUAUUCAGUAAGCACGCUGUUCAGUUCAGCACUUGUCUUUUAGACAAUUAUGCCUCCUUGUUUCAAACAAUGUCCAAAUGGUGUGGCCAUCAAAAUGCAGAAGUCAAGAAAGCUGGUCAUUCGGCGUUGGAUUCAUUUCUUAAACAGAUUUCAUCAAUGGUUGCCAAAGAUGUUGAAAUGCAUAAGAGCAAGUUACACUUCUUUAUGGAAGAAUUUUAUGGUAUCAUCAGAAAUACGGAUGCCAGCAACAAAGAACUCUCCAUUGCUAUUCGUGGUUAUGGACUAUUUGCAGCGCCUUGUAAAGUUAUCAGUCCAAAGGAAGUUGAUGUCAUGUAUGUGGAACUCCUUCAGCGCUGUAAGCAAAUGUAUCUAACUGAGGCAGAAACAAUUGAUGAUCAUGUGUAUCAGCUCCCAAGCUUUCUUCAAUCCAUUGCAAGUGUUAUAUUCCACUUGGACACUAUUCCAGAGAUAUACACUCCAGUUCUUGAACGUCUUAUGAUAGUUCAAAUAGAUAACUUCCCGCAAUAUAGUGCCAAGAUGCAAACAGCAUGUUGUUGGUCUAUUGUGAAAGUAUUUUUGGCUUUGGCAGCAAAAGGCCCGGUACUGUGGAGUUUUAUGAGCACUGUCAUGCAUCAGGGUUUAAUCAGAAUUUGUUCAAAACCACUGGUCUUUUCAAUGGAUUUUUUGGGGAAGAAUAUUUCCACAUCAGAAGAAUCAAAUUCAUCUGGAGAAGUAAGGACUGGGAAAUGGAAAGUGCCUACAUAUAAGGAUUACCUGGAUCUCUUUAGAACCUUACUUAGUUGUGAUACAAUGAAGGACAUGCUGUUGGCAGAUGAAGCCUGUUUAACUGAAAAUUCACCACUACAGUCUCUAAAUCAUCUGUUAUAUGAUGAACUCAUUAAAUCUGUCAUAAAAAUAAUUCGUAAACUGGAUCUUACUGUUCAGAAACAGAAUAUUAAGGAAGAGAAGGAUGGAAGUGAAGGGGAUGCCCAUCUGACAAUUCCUACCUCUGAUCCAGCUGCAAACCUUCAGCCAUCUAAGCCUAAAGACUAUUCAGCCUUUAUUAACUUAGUGGAAUUUUGCAGAGAGAUCCUCCCAGACAAGCAUAUUAAAUAUUUUGAACCAUGGAUUUAUUCAUUUGGCUAUGAACUGAUUUUACAGGCCACACAUUUAUCUUUUAUUAGUGGAUUUUAUAAGCUGCUUUCCAUUGCGAUGAAAAUUGCAAAGAAGACUAAAUAUUUUGCGGGUGUCAGUCCAGAGAGUACGAAAAAAUGUCCUGAAGACCCAGAGAAGAGUUCCUGUUUUGCAUUAUUUUCCAAAUUUGGAAAAGAGGUAACUGCAAAAAUGAAGCAGUACAAAGAUGAAUUAUUGGCAUCUUGUCUGACUUUUGUGCUUUCUCUGCCAUAUAACAUCAUUAUGCUUGAUAUCAAAGCAUACAUUCCUGCUUUACAGAAUGCUUUUAAACUGGGUCUUAGCUGCACUCCAAUGGCUGAUGUGGCACUGGACGCACUGGAGGACUGGUCAGCCCACAUUCCCAGAUACACUAUUCAACCUUAUUACAAAGACAUUGUGCCUUGCCUUGAUGGUUAUUUGAAAACUUCUGCAUCAGCAGGUGAAUCUCAGAAUAAUUUGGAAGUGAAGAAACUUUCCAAAGCCAUCCAGAAAGGAAUGAACAAAGUAGUUAUUCAGCAUCUCAAAAAAUCAAAGAAUAUUGAAUUGGAGGAAGAUCCGUCUUUAGAAGCAGUAAGAGCUAGAGUUGUACGCCUUCUUGGAACUUUGGGAGGACAAAUCAAUCGGAAUUUAAUUACAGCUGCUUCUGCAGAGGAAAAGAUGAAAAAAUUUGUAUCCUGGGAUAUAGAGAAGCAUCUGAAUUUUGCAGUUCCAUUUGCUGAUAUGAAGCCUAUUAUAUACUUGGAUUUAUUCUUGCCUCGGGUCACUGAAUUGGCUCUUUGUGCUAGCGACAGACAAACCAAGGUUGCAGCUUGUGAACUGUUGCACAGCAUAGUUAUGUUCAUGCUGGGAAAAGCUUCUCAAAUACCUGAAGGUCACGAGAAUUCCCCACCAAUGUUUCAUUUGUAUAAACGUAUGUUUCCUGUACUGCUUCGACUUGCUUGUGAUGUUGACCAGGUUACAAGACAACUCUAUGGCACUUUAGUAAUGGAAUUAAUUCAUUGGUUCACAAACAAUAAAAAGUUUGAAAGCCAAGACACUGUUACACUACUGGAAGCAAUUUUGGAUGGGAUAGUGGAUCCUGUAGACAGUACUUUGAGAGACUUUUGUGGUCAGUGUGUCCAUGAAUUUUUGAAAUGGUCCAUUAAGCAAACUACUCCACAGCAGCAAGAGAAAAGUCCAGUGAACACCAAAUCUCUUUUUAAGAGGCUGUACAGCCUUGCUCUCCAUCCUAAUGCUUUCAAACGGCUAGGAGCUGCCCUUGCUUUCAACAACAUUUACCGAGAGUUUAGAGAAGAGAAUGCUCUGGUGGACCAGUUUGUUUUUGAAGCAUUGGUUGUAUAUCUGGAAAGUCUGGCCUUGACACAUGGAGAUGAGAAGUCUUUAGGUACAAUUCAACAAUGCUGUGAUGCUAUUGAACACCUCAAGCGUAUCAUUAAGCAUAAAGCAUCUACUUUGAACAAAAAAAACACUCGGAGAUUACCUCGGGGAUUUCCAUCUAGAUAUAUUUGUUUAGAGGAUGUUGUCAUGUGGCUUUUGAAACAGUGUGGACAACCCCAAACUGAAUGCCGGCACAAAGUCAUGGAACUAUUAUUUGAAUUUGUUCCAUUAUUGCCAGGAAACCCAUCUCCAUCUUCAUGGUUGGGUGAUGUUCUCCAGAAAGAAGGAAUCUAUUUUCUCAUAAAGAAAUUUGAAGGAGGAGGAUGUGAGGGUGAAAAUGUCUCUGGAAUCUUAUCUCAUCCAACCCUCUAUGAGUUGCAAGGGAGUUUUAGUUUGCGAGCUGUUGAACAAUGGAUGGAUAUGCUUCUAGCUGCCUUAGACUGUUACAAUACCUUUAUUGAACAGGGAAUGAUAAAACCAAAUGAGAUCUUAGCUACAAACACAGGGUCUUCAUUUUUAAAAUCAUUGGAGUUCUUCCUUGGUAAAAUUGCCUUGUACAAUAUAUCUGGUGCAGAGCAAUGUUUUAGCAGUGCAUCCAAAGAUGAUACGUUGUUGAGCCCACAAGAAAUAGAAGAAUACAAUUACAGCAAAUGUACAAUUAUAGUUCGGAUUAUGGUUUUUGGCAGCAUGAUUUUGGAGACUCACCAGCAACAUUUAUGGAAGAUGCUUGAGAAAGAGCUGCUUAAUGAGAAUCUAAUAAAACUUGUUGUGAAAACCAUUUGUGACCCAAAAAGCGUAGGCUUUAAUAUAGUUGAUGUACAAGUUAUGGAAAAUCUCCCAAAUAUUUGUGUGAGGCUAGUAAAAGCUUUAAUGAACUCUCCCUAUAAUGAAUCUUUAGAGAAUCGUAUCAAAGAAAUAAUAACCAUGCAAAGCGUUGAAGAGCUUUGCACUGUUGAUUUGUACAAUCCAGAAGCCCGGCUAGAUCACAUUAGAUACGUAUCCAUUCUUUCUGCCUGCAGACAGCUUCACAAGGCUAAUGUAUUGCACUGUAUCUUGCAAUAUAAGGGUGCAGAUCUUCAUUUUGAAACUGGUUCUAAGCUCCUUUUAGUAGUGUACAAAGGUAUUGCACCAGGAGAUGAAAGAAGGUCCCUUCCUUCGUUAAACAUCAGCAGUAAACAAUUAGCUGAAGGACUUCUGCAUUUGGCUUUUGCUUUUGGUGUUCGGUGCACAGAGCUGGUGAGCCUCUUGUUGAAUACAUUGAUGUUAUCUGUACCAUUGUCUGGAGCAGCCCAAGAAAGUCUUAUCAACUUUUCUCAUGGAGAAUAUUUCUACAGUCUCUUCUUAGAAAUCAUUAAUCGGGAGUUGUUGAAAAAUCUGGAAAUUGCUGUACUUGAGCUUAUGAAAUCAGCUUUAGAUAGCCCCAAAAUGGUUAGUACAGUUUUGAAUGGUAUAUUGGAUCAAAGCUUUAAAGACCGUUCUACUUGCAGACAACAAGGAGUAAAACUAGUAGCUGCUAUUUUAAAAAAUUGGGGACAUCUUGAUCACUGGUGGGCCAAAGAUGCUUCUCCUGAGAGCAAAAUGUCUGUUUUGACCCUAUUGGCUAAAGUUCUGCAGAUUGACUCUUCAGUGUCAUUUACUCAUCAUGAGGCAUUUCCCCAUGUUUUUAAUACAUACACAAGUCUGCUUGUUGACCAGAAAUUGGGUCUAAAUCUCAAGAGUCAAGCAAUUAUUAUUCUGCCAUUCUUCACUAAACUUGUCGGAGAAGGACUUGGUAGCCUUAAGCAUGCACUUGAUAAAUUUGUAGCAUAUAAUUUCCCUUCGACAUCAGAUGAGUUUCCUAAGAGAACUUUAAAGUACAAUAACUAUGUGGACUGCGUAAAAAAAUUUUUAGAUGCACUAGAACUAUCCCAGAAUUCUACAUUGUUGGAGCUGAUGACAGAAAUUCUUUGUAGGGACCAUAAGCAUAUAAUGGAGGAAUUAUUUGAGAUUAACUUCAAAAGAAUUGCCAAAAGGGGCAGCUGUGAAAAGCAAGUGCUGUUGUUGGAUACUGUGCACCAGAUGUUCCAGAGUGAAACCCAUUGCUCAAAUACAACCCGACAAGCUUAUGUAGAUCGAUGUCUUCUCAUUCUGUUGCUUCACUGCAGUUUAGAUGCAUUGAAACAAUUUCUAAGUAAGAUUAUCAUAGAAGCUAUGGAUACACUGAAGUCCAGGUUUACAAAGUCAAAUGAAACUUCUUUUGAAACCCAGCUAAUCAAGAAAAUAAGCUAUUACAAGAUUCUAGAAGUUAUCUACUCCCGUCUGUCUAAAGAAGAUGUAUAUUCUAAAGAUUCCGAAAUUAACCAAGCUUUUCAGCCUUCUACCCAUGUAGAAGGGAAUGAACUUACAAAAACACUUAUAAAGUCCUGUUAUGAUGCCUUUACAGAAAACAUGUCGGGUGAAACACAGUUGUUGGAAAAGAGGAGGCAGUUUCAUUGUGCUGCAUAUAAUUGUGCCAUUGCAGUUAUCAGCCAUGUCUUCAAUGAAAGUAAAUUCUAUCAAGGUUUUCUGUUCACUGAAAAACCAGACAAAAAUCUGCUUAUUUUUGAAAAUUUGUUAGACUUACAGCAUCGCUAUUCAUUUCCCAUAGAGAUUGAGGUUCCUCUGGAAAAGAAAAAACGCUAUAUAACCAUUAGGAAAGAAGCCAGACAAACAAUGAGUGGGGAUUCAGCUGAACCACACUAUUUAGCAUCUGCAUCAUAUAUGGUAGAUAGCAGUUUAAGUGAAGAAAUGAGUCAAUUUGAUUUCUCAACUGGAAUGCAGAGUUUUUCAUACAGCUCUGAAGAUCCUACCAGUUCUGAUUCUCACGUCAGGAAAAAGGAGAUUACAGAUACUGAGGUUCCAGAUGAUGUGAUGGAGUUAGAAAUGGAUGAGCUCAAUCAACACGAGUGCAUGGCUUCUAUGACAACCCUACUCAAACAUAUGCAUAGAAAUAAUAUCACACCAGUAGUAGAAAAAGGUACAAAUGCACCUGAACUUCCUCCAUGGAUGAAAUUUUUGCACAGCAAACUGGGAAAUUCUACUGUUCCUCUAAAUAUCCGUCUCUUUGUAGCAAAACUCAUUGUGAACACAGAGGAAGUUUUCCAGCCUUAUGCAAAGUGGUGGCUGGGUCCUUUACUGCAGCUGGUCGUUUCUGGAGAUAAUGGAGGAGGUGGAAUACAUUACAUGGUGGUGGAGAUAGUGGUCACUCUGCUUUCAUGGACUAAUGUGGCAACUCCUAAUGGCAACAUAAAGGAUGAAAUCUUGGCAAACAGGUUGUUGGAGUUCCUAAUGAAAAAUGUGUUUCAUCAGAAAAGAGCAGUAUUUAGACAUAACCUGGAAAUAAUCAAGACAGUAAUAGAGUGCUGGAAGGAGUGUCUGAGCAUACCUUACAGGAUAAUAUUUCAACAAUUUUCUGGUGGAGAUCCUAAUACAAAAGACAAUUCAGUAGGAAUUCAAUUACUAGGAAUUGUUCUUGCUAAUAAUUUACCUCCAUAUGAUCCAAAGUGUGAAAUAGAUAGUAUAAGUUAUUUCCAAGCUUUGUCUAACAACAUCGCUCUGAUAAGAUACAAGGAAGUAUAUGCUGCUGCCGCUGAAGUACUGGGACUCGUUCUUCAGUACAUUGCUGAGAAAGAAAAUACAUUUGAAGGUCCAGUUUAUGACAUGGUCAUAAAACAAUUAAAGCUGCAUCAGAAUACCAGAGAUGACAAAUUUAUUGUAUGCCUGAAUAAAAUCACAAAGAGCUUCCCUCCCCUUGCUGAUAGAUUUAUGAAUUUUGUGUUCUUUCUGCUACCAAAACUUCAUGGAGUAAUGAAAACUCAUUGUUUGGAAGUAGUCAUGUGCCGUGCUCAAGAAACAGCUGAUAUGUACUUAGAGUUGAAGAGUAAGGAAUUCACUCAAGUUAUGUGCCACAGAGAUGAUGAAAGGCAAACGAUAUGCUUAAAUAUUGUGUACAAGAUGUUACCUAAGCUGAAACCAGCUGAAGUAUUAGAACUACUUCCUUCAGUAAUGGGAUUCAUUUCUCAUCCUUCACCAUUAUGUCGGGGCCGAAUGUAUGAUGUGCUCAUGUGGAUCUACGAUAAUUACAGUGAUUCAGAAAGUCAAGCAGAUGAGGAAUCUUCACAAGUGCUGAAACUGGCAAAAGAAUGUUUACUUCAAGGACUGAUUGAUGAGAAUUCUGGACUACAAUUAAUUGUUAGGAAUUUUUGGAGUGAUGAAACUAGACUACCAACAAAUACUCUUGAUCGCAUGUUGUCCUUACUAAGGAGUUUGUACUCUGACAAAAUUGAAACUCAGUAUUUGAGUCUAGCUACAAAUUUUCUCCUUGAAAUGACAAGCAAAAGCCCAGAUUAUUCUAGGAAAAUGUUUGAAUAUCCGCUUUCAGAAUGUAAAUUUCAGGAUUUUGUAAUUGAUUCCAAUUGGCGGUAUCGAAGCACUAUUCUUACCCCGAUGUUUGUGGAGACUCAGACUUCUCAAAGUACUGUUACACAGGAAGGAUAUUUGGGCGGCCAACUAAGAGCUACUCAGCAACAAUUUGAAUUUACGCCCACCCAGAAUAUCAGUGGAAGAAGCUCUUUCAACUGGCUAAUAGGAAAUAGUGUUGACACCUUUGCAGACUCUACAAUUCCUUCCUCUUCUGAGUCAGUUUCCAUGUUACUCAUUAACAAGCGUACAGACAGAUCUUACAAAACUGCAUUCAAACCAUUAAGUGCUAAUUUUGGAAAAAAACGACUGGGUUUGCCAGGAGAUGAAGUAGACAGCAAAACUAAAGGUACAGAUGAACACACAGAAAUUCUCAGACUACGGAGACGCUUCUUAAAAGAUCCAGUAAAGCUUAGUUUGAUCUACGCAAGAAAGGGUGUUGCUGAACAGAAACAAGAAAAGGAAAUAAAAACCCAGCUGAAGAUAAAGCAUGAUGCUCAGGUCACUUUGUACAGGAAAUACAGACAAGGAGAUCUCCCUGAUAUCCAGAUUGAAUAUAGCAGUCUAAUUACUCCCCUGCAGGUUGUGGCACAGAAAGAUCCCACACUGGCUAAACAACUCUUCAGCAGCUUGUUUAGUGGAAUUCUGGAAGAAAUGAAAAAAUCCAAGCCUCUGGCUGAAAGAAAUAAUAUCAUCCAGCAACUGUUGCAUGACUUCAAUCACUUUUUAACCACAAGUGUGUUGUAUUUCCCACCAUUCAUAGCUUGCAUCCUGGAGAUGACUUAUCUGCACGAAGAGUUGUUAGAGCUCAAUUAUUACGGUGUAAGUACUAGUUGUUUAGCAAGUUUACAGCAACCAGUGGGCAUCCUCCUUCUUGAACAAGCUUUGGUUCACCUUUCUCCAGUGGAGCAGCAGCCUCCCUCCAAAAGAAUGCGUGGAAAGACAGAACUGUCACCUGAUGUGACCAGGUGGAUUGAACUUGCUAGGCUUUAUCGAUCUAUUGGAGAUUAUGAUGUUCUCCGGGGUAUUUUUAGUGGAAAAAUUGGAACAAAGGAAAAUACCCACAAUGCUUUGUUAGCUGAAGCAAAAAGUGAUUAUGCUGAGGCAGCUAAGCUGUAUGAUGAGGCACUCACUAAACAAGACUGGCCUGAUGAUGAGCCAACCGAAGCAGAAAAGGAUUUCUGGGAAAUUGCUUCUCUUGAAUGCUACAACCAUUUGACAGAAUGGAAAUCUCUGGAAUAUUGCUCGACUGUGAACAUUGAUAAUAGGCAACCAGCAGACCUAAAUAAAAUAUGGAGCGAUCCAUUCUACCAGGAGGCCUAUUUACCCUAUGUAAUUCGCAGCAAGUUGAAACUUCUCUUCCAUGGUGGCAGUGACCAGUCUUUACUGACAUUUAUUGACGAGGCUAUGAAAGCAGAAGAGAAGAAAGCUCUAAUAGAAAUGUAUUAUAGCCAAGAGUUGAGUCUUCUCUACAUUUUACAGAAUGAUUUCGCCAGAGCCAGAUAUUAUGUCAAAAAUGCCAUGCAAGUGUUCAUGCAGAAUUACUCCAAUAUUGAUUCACUAUUGUACCAUAGCCGUAUGAUCAAACUGCAGUCAGUUCAGGCUUUAACUGAAAUACAAGACUUCAUCAACUUUAUGAAUAAACCAAGUCAUUUAAUUUCCCGGGCUUUUCUUAAGAGAUUUCUCAAUAUUUGGACAAACAGAUACCCUGACACCAAAAUGGAUCCUAUGAACGUUUGGGAUGAUAUAAUUACAAAUAGAUGCUUUUUCCUUGACAAAAUUCAGGAGAAAUUUUCUAGUACCUACCUAGAUGAUAGUGUGGAAUUAGAUGGAGAUGCUACUUUCAGCAUGGAAAUAGACAAUGAGAAUGAAGAUACACAUACAAUGAUUAAAAACUGCAAAUUUGCUAUGAAAAUGAAGAUGAUAGAGUGUGCGAGGAACCAGAACAGUUUCUCAGUAGCCUUAAAGCUUCUGAAGGAUUUGCAUGAAGAUUCUAAGACCUGUGAAGAUUGGCGAGUAAAAUGGAACCACAGCUAUUGUUGUUUUAGCCAUAGUCGCAGCCGGGGUCAAAGUAGUGCUGAACAAAUUCUUACAGUACUCAAAACUGUUCCUCUACUGGAUGAGAUUAAGCUGAGCAGCAUGAACAAUAAUGCUGUUACUUUCCGUAACCAAAACCUCCUCUUGGGAACUACUUUUCAUAUAAUGGCUAAUGCUCUUUCCAAGGAUCCAACUUGCCUUGGCAAAAUUGGAGAAGAAAAGGCAAGAAAAGUCUUGAUGCUUUCAGAAGAAAGACCUGAUAAUGUUGAAAAAGUGAUAGCAGGGCUGAACAAGAAAGCUUUUCUUUGCUUCAGUGGAGCUGUGAAAAAAGCUGAAGAAGAGGUACAGUCCAUGUCAUUUGACCAUAUCGACAUAAAUGGAAUUAUUGUUGCUUAUAUGACAUUGGCUAAUUUCUGUGACAGCCAUCUUCGCAAAGAAGAACAAAAUUCAGCAGAUGUAAACACUGAGGAUUUGCAAAUAUUUCCAGCAAUUGUAGUGGAAAAAGUAAUAAAAGCUUUGAAACUAAAUUCAAAUGAAGCAAGGUUAAAAUUCCCCAGGCUGUUGCAAAUUGUAGAGAAGUAUCCAGAAAGGAUUUUGGAACUCAUGGCACAAGAGAUUUCUUCAAUUCCCUGCUGGCAAUUCAUUGGUUGGAUCAGCCAGUUGAUGGCAAUGCUGGAUAAGAAUGAAGCACCUGCCGUUCAGCAUACAGUAGAAGAAAUUGCUUCUAGUUACCCACAAGCAAUAGUGUAUCCCUUCAUGAUCAGCAGUGAAAGCUUUUCUUUCCCCAAAACUGCCAUAGGUCAUAAAAAUAAGGACUUUGUAGAAAGAGUGAAAAGCAAGUUGUAUGAAGGAAGAGUGAUCCAAGAUUUUGUCCAUUCCUUGGAACAGCUUUCUAAUCCAGCAAUACUAUUCAAGGAUUGGAUUGAAGAUGUCCAAAAUGAGCUGGGAAAAACUAAGAAAAAUACAAAUAACAUUCAGCAAUUGUAUGAUGGGAUGUACCAAAACCUUGGAAAUUUAGAUGCUCCUGGUCUUGGGUGGUUCAGAAAGCAAUUUAUUAAUGAAUUUGGAAGGGAACUCGAUAAUCAUUUCGGAAAAGGAGGUUCAAAACUGCUAGAUAUGAACACCAGCAUCUUCAGUAAAGUUGCACACUCUCUCUGCGCAAAGAUGAAGAAAUGUGAGAAAGAACCUGGGAAUCUAAAGGAGUGCUCCCCUUGGAUGAGUGAAUUCAAACCAGAAUUCUUGAGGACUGAACUGGAAAUCCCUGGUCAGUAUGAUGGUAAAGGAAAGCCAUUGCCGGAAUAUCAUGCAAAAAUUUCUGGAUUUGAUGAGCGGAUAAAAGUAAUGGACUCCAUCCGGAAACCAAAACGUAUAGUUAUCAGAGGCAAUGAUGAGCGGGAAUAUCCCUUUCUUGUGAAAGGAGGAGAAGACCUCAGGCAAGACCAACGCAUUGAGCAGCUCUUUGAAGUUAUGAAUAACAUUCUUUCACGAGAUGCUGCCUGCAGCCAAAGAAACAUGCAGAUAAAAACCUAUCAAGUUAUACCAAUGACGACCAGAUUGGGACUGAUUGAAUGGCUUGAGAAUACCUAUACAUUAAAAGAGUUCCUUUUGAAAAACAUGUCUGAACAGGAAAAGACUCGUUAUAAUAGCCCCGAAGGUCCUCAUGCCGACUAUAAUGAUUGGCUGCACAAGAUGGGGGAAAGAGAUGGAAUUGAACGUUACAUGACUAUGUUCAAAAGAGCUAGCCGAACAGAAACAGUGAUGUCGUUCCAGCGUCGAGAAAACCGUGUUCCUGAAGAUUUGCUCAGGAAAGCCUUUGUUAAAAUGAGUACAACUCCAGAAGCCUUGCUGUCUCUGCGAUCUCAUUUUGCCAGCACCCAUGCACUGCUGUGCAUCAGCCACUGGAUUCUUGGCAUUGGUGAUCGACACUUAUCAAAUUUCAUGAUCAGUACCGAGACUGGAGGCUUGGUGGGAAUAGACUUUGGACAUGCGUUUGGUUCAGCAACACAGUUUCUGCGACUUCCAGAAUUGAUGCCUUUCCGCUUGACUCGACAAUUUGUUAAUUUGAUGCUGCCAAUGAAAGAAUCUGGUCUUAUAUACAAUGUGAUGGUACAUUCCUUAAGGGCCUAUCGUAUAAAUCAAGAUGUACUCAUUAAUACAAUGGAUAUAUUUGUAAAGGAACCUUCUUUGGAUUGGAAAAAUUUUGAAUGGAAACAGUUGAGAAAAGGAGGUACAUGGACUAAGGAAAUAAAUACAGACAAAGUGAAUUGGUAUCCUCUACAAAAAGUAAACUUUGCAAGAAGAAAGUUGGCAGGGGCUAAUCCAGCUGUCAUUACCUGUGAUGAAUUACGUUUGGGCCAUGAGAAAUCAGAGGCUUUCAAGGAAUAUAUGUCUGUAGCACAAGGGAGCAAACAAUCCAACAUCCGUGCCAGAGAACCACAGGAUGGACUUGCAGAAGAAAUACAAGUGAAAUGCCUUAUUGAUCAAGCUACUGACCCAAAUAUCCUUGGCAGAACUUGGGAAGGAUGGGAACCCUGGAUGUAAAGGACAAAGUUGUGGCUUAUCCAUGUUUAAUUGAACUGGAGAUGAAGGCUAAAAGGACUGGAUAUUAUUUUUUAUAACCAAAAAGUAUUAAAGCAUAUAUUUCAAAUUAUAAUGUAGCAAUAUAAUUUUUUAUAUUUCUUGGCAUUUCUGUAAACUGAUUUUCAAAUUAAGUAAUGUAGGAAAUCUUGAAUUAUGCACGUUUUAAAAGUAUAUAUUAAAUUGCUGUUUUUAAUGAAAGAUACCCAAAAUUAUUACUCAAAAAGUUAGAAAAAUCUAGUAAGAAUUAGUUAUUAUAUUAACAAUGAAUAUUAAAUAAAUCUGUGAUACACUGAAUUGA